AUGAAGGAUCCCGUCCAGAGAACUGCUUCUCCCUACACUGAUCCCAAAGUUAAAGGCCCAAAGUCUCAGAUUCUCGCAGAAGGAACCCAAGCAGACUUACGCAAGAGUACGUCCACACUACAUCCCAUCUCCGUUAUAUCGUCAUAUACCCUCUUAUACACCCAUCCCCUUCCCGACAACGUUAACAAGACUCCUCUCCACCCUGGUGGUGUUGCUCCUCACCAGGAGCACACGGAGCUCGAGGAGGAGCUUCACGAGACCGCGCACAUUGACUACGACCGUGUCGCCAUUAUCCCCAACCCUUCCGUCCCCGCCCUUUACGAAGAUGCCCUCGUCUACGAGACCGGUUCCGCCAUCACAUCAAGUGGUGCCUUGACUGCCUACUCUGGAAAGAAGACUGGUCGUUCGCCUUUGGACAAGCGAAUUGUCGAGGAGGACAGCUCCAAGAACGACAUCUGGUGGGGCCCCGUUAACAAGCCCAUGUCACCCGAGGUCUGGAAGAUCAACCGCGAGCGUGCCAUCGACUACCUCAACACCAGAAACCGUAUCUACGUCGUCGAUGGUUACGCCGGCUGGGAUGAGAAGUAUCGUAUUCGCGUCCGUGUCAUCUGCGCCCGCGCCUACCAUGCUCUCUUCAUGAGAAACAUGCUCAUUCGCCCUCCUCGUGAGGAGCUCGAGCACUUCCACCCCGACUACACCAUCUACAAUGCCGGCUCUUUCCCUGCCAACAGAUACACCGAGGGUAUGACCUCCGGCACCUCAGUCGCCAUCAACUUCGCCGAGAAGGAGAUGGUCAUUCUCGGUACUGAGUACGCUGGUGAGAUGAAGAAGGGUGUCUUCACCGUCCUCUUCUACGAGAUGCCUAUCAAGCACAACGUCCUCACUCUGCACUCCUCUGCCAACGAGGGCAAGAACGGCGAUGUUACCCUCUUCUUCGGUCUGUCAGGCACUGGCAAGACCACUCUCUCUGCCGACCCUCAGCGCGCCUUGAUCGGUGACGACGAGCACUGCUGGAGUGACCGCGGUGUCUUCAACAUUGAGGGCGGCUGCUACGCCAAGACCAUCGGCCUGUCCGCCGAGAAGGAGCCCGAUAUUUUCGGCGCCAUCCGCUUCGGCUCCGUCCUUGAGAACGUUGUCUUCGACCCCGAGACCCGUGCCGUCGACUACGAUGACUGCACCCUGACAGAAAACACCCGCUGCGCCUACCCCAUCGAGUACAUCAGCAACGCCAAGAUUCCCUGCAUGUCAGAAUCUCACCCCACCAACAUCAUCCUCCUCACUUGCGACGCCCGCGGUGUCCUGCCUCCCAUCUCCAAGCUCGACCGCGCCCAGACCAUGUUCCACUUCAUCUCUGGUUACACCUCCAAGAUGGCCGGAACUGAGGACGGUGUCACCGAGCCCCAGGCCACUUUCUCCUCCUGCUUCGCCCAGCCCUUCCUGGCCCUGCACCCCAUGCGCUACGCCAAGAUGCUUGCCGACAAGAUCGAGCACCACAACGCCAACGCCUGGCUCCUCAACACCGGUUGGGUCGGUGCCGGUGCCGCUCAGGGAGGCAAGCGCUGCCCCCUCAAGUACACCCGUGCCAUCCUCGACGCCAUCCACUCUGGCGAGCUCGCCAAGGUCGAGUACGAGACCUACGAAGUCUUCAACCUCCAGGUCCCCAAGACCUGCCCAAGUGUCCCCGACGAGCUUCUCAACCCCAAGGCUGCCUGGACUGCCGGCAACGACAGUUUCAACACCGAGGUCAAGAAGCUCGGCACCCUCUUCAACGAGAACUUCAAGAAGUACGCCAGCGAAGCGACCGAGGAGGUCGUCAAGGCCGGUCCCGUCGUUUAA